AUGACAGGGGAGUCCCACGACCAGAUAAAUAUCUGUCCAUUAAUUUGGCGGACGGUCCGCCGCGAGGGUGUUGCAGUCCGCCUCAGCGCCGCGGAGAAAGGUAAGCAGAAGGCGGACGCGGACCUCCCGUGCGACGUCGCGGGCGCCCUCCGUCGUCCCGCGCCCGGCACGGGCCCCGACACGGAGAUUGAGGAGGCGCCUCCCUCCUCGCCUCCUCUGCCGCCCCGCCUCCUCGCCACGAGGGCGAGGCAGCUGCUCAGGAACGAGGCGACGCUUGGACGACUACCGGCCGAGCUGCAGCAGCUGCGCGGCGAGCUCGACGGGCGCGCCGGCGUCCCCCGCCAUCCUCUCGGCCCGAGCGCCGCCUCGGAGAUCGAGGAGGCGCCUCCCUCGCCGCCGCCUCCGUCCCGCCUCCUCGCCCUGAACGAGGCGCGAGGCCUCGGCGGCCUCGGCGCGGCGGUGGCGGGUCUGGGAGGCAUGGUCGACGAGCUGCGGAGGAAAGAGGCGGCGCUGGCGCUGCUGGUAAGCCAGCUGCAGCAGCUGCGCUGGGAGCGCGGCGAGGGCGCGUCCAGGUUCCCGGGAAGCGAGGGCGCGUCCAGGUUCCGGGGAAGCGAGCCGCGGCAGGAGCACGCCGGCGCGGCGGGGCUACAGAUGCUGGAGCGCGAGAUGGGGACGAUGCACGAGAGCUUGAACACCUCGAGGGACAGGAUGUUGGCGCUUCGUCUCCAGGAAGAGGAAGUGCAGGCGUAUAGGGAAUCGCUCAAGGCCCGUGAGGAAUUCUGGAAGCCGGUGCCUGUGCAUCAGCGCAAGAACAGCAAGAUUUCUGGUAUUUGCAACUGGGAACGACUUGUCUCGGUGAUCGCCUUCGCCAACGGGUUUGAUCAGUAAGCAUGCUUAAAGAUGCCGGUGCUAGCUCUCCUGCACUUCAGGCUUGGUCCAAAGGCAGUGGAACGUGUUUUGCAGUACAAGGUGGUGGAUGUUGUGAUGUCUAAGCUCGAAUCACUUUAGUUUUUCUUUGAUUCCUGGACUAUUAGUGUAACAACCCGGCCCAGGAUAACGGCUAAGAUCUACUAUACACGUUAAGUAGACCA